AUGAUGGGACCAGCACCAAGAACAGCCAGUUUUCAACACCAGCCAUAUGAUAAUCUGUUGGCCGCCAUUGUGACUACCCUCUUUUGUUUCUUUCCCUUCGGUUGUUGUUCACUUUAUUAUUCUUUUAAGACUAGACGCUGUUAUAAACAAGGGCAGUUAAGAAGAUCUAUAAUGGCAGCAAGACAUUCUCAGACCAUGGCUCAGAUGUCGUGUAUUGUCGGCUUAAUGCUUUGGUUUGGUGGUGCUAUCACACUUUUACUCUAUACGGAAGAUUUGCUUUAAAGGCUAAAAAAUGUAA